ACCAAAGAGUCUAGUGGGAAAACUCUGAAUUCUUUUUAUCAGACUCUUAGGGUAGGGCUUUGUUUGUGUAGAAUUUUAUUAAACUGUGAACAAUGAAUAGUUGUUUAAUAUGUUUUUGAUUUGUCGUACAAAAAAUUCUAUAGAAUAGUUAAAAUAAAUUAUAAAUAAAAUUAGAUAAAUAAUUAGUGACCUUGAGCGUAAGCAAUACAGCUGUCAAAUAACCUAACCAAGAUUUUUGUAAAAUAAAGAUGAAUACAAGUUUCUUUUGUGAACAUUUAGUAUAUUUAACGUAGAUAUAGAUAAUUUGUUGCAAUGGAUGAAGCCGUCACGCAUUAUAUAAAUUCCCACCCAGCUGAUGAGGCAGUGCAUGUGGAUGGAAAUGCUUUGGCACUCGCAUUGGUACAGGAUGACGGUGGCAGCAGGGUGUCCAUCAUGCAUUCUCAAUCCUACUCCUCGUCGCUCUGCAGCAGGCAGGUUACUCUGUCUGAUCAAGUGGGAGAUGGUCAGUGGAGUGAGGAGCUGGUGGAUCCAGAUGGCAGGAUUGGAAGGCUGGCUGCUCUCAUGGCUCAUUUCCAGGCCCAGCAAUCUAAGGGGCCACCACAGCUACACCAUAAGGUACAGGCAGUGAGAGGCGAUGUGGAUACGUCUAUCAUGCUUGAUAACUCCAUAAGGCUAUUCCAUGGCCAACCUAUGGAUCACUCUCCAGACCCAAUGGUAGUGGAAGUUCCUCACUUGCCUCCGCUGCCACCCCUGCAGGAGAUGAAGCGGUGCCAGGAUAACGACUGGUUCAAUAAUAAGGCCAAAUCAUCACUUAAAGAUGAUUCAUCGAUGAUAGAUUCCGAUGGGCCGGUGUUAGAGUUAGGGGCGGGCGCAUCACCUGGUCAUCACAAACACCAGAACAAGAAAAGUCUUCCACAUAAAAAGAGAAUUUCUAGGAAACUGAAGAAAAAUAAUGGCAACUGCACGCCCCAGCAGGAUCUGGUGGUCAUCAGCUGCACAGACGUGGAAGGUCGCAUUAGUUGCGUGGAUCACAGCCAGGAACAAGAGAUACUGCCCGACACCUUCGUGCCACAGGAUCAUAUCCCGGAGGAAACUCAUCAUAUUACGCAUGAGGUUCGUCCGAUAUUUAUCUGCCAGCUGUGUGGCGAGUUCUACGGCGAGGAGCAACUGAAGUUCUACCAACAUCUGAAGCAGCACUAUGAACCCCACAUCAUUAUUGAGAACCCAGUACCUGAUCUAGGAAUUGAUAAGAUAACAAACUCGUGCAUCGUAGACAACGUGACCACUAUCCCUGACUCCAUAGUAGAACUAUCUCUAGAAAAUUCUAUACCAAAAACUAUGUACCAGCCCAUGGACAAACAAGUGCUGUACACGACAAGCGAUAAGACGUUCACGUACAGUAACAAUAAGGUACAAUAUUCUAUGGCAAGUAUGGACAAGGAUCAGCCGAGCGUGGUACAAGAAGUUGAGAAAGCAGAUUUGUAUGAAACUUUGGAUAAACUAGACCUGUACACUUGUGGGAAGUGUAACAAGGCGUUCAGGAAACAGAAACAGUGUGAAGCGCACAUUAAGGAGGCACAUUCUAAUAUGAAGGAUAGUAAAACCAAUUCCUCAACCCUUGCUCCUCAGUUGGAGGACAUGGGUGAGUUCAGUGAGCCGGAGGACUUGAUGGAAGGAAUCCACGUGGCCGUGGAGGAACACAACGAGCACUACGACCACCCACUCCUGCCACACCUCACCAUCGAGAACGGGUACGCUCACCAGGACAACGCCCGGCACUGGUACGGGCGCAAUACAAACGGGCCGGGCUCUAGUUCGGGUCCCCCGGUGACGAGCCAGGCCAGUAGCGCGGGGCCCAGCGGCGGGGGCCCGGGGCCCGGCGACGGGGCCCCCGCCUGCUGUACUACUUGUACCACUGCUCCACAGGACACACAGAAUGUCAAGAUGAUCAAAGACGAAAUACUACGACGGAUUUUGGAAUCGGAAGUAGCGAGUCCAAACUUCCCGAACCAUAUAAUGGGGGGCGCGAGCGAGGCACCCGCGACCGACGCGCCGGAGCCCGAGCCGCCCGCGCCGCCGCCCCCCACUGAGGACAAGGCGGAGCCCGACACUAAGAAGAAACAGAAGACCUUUGAGUGCCAGCAGUGCCAACGAGUGUUCCAGCACAGGAACAGUUUGUUAUACCACGUCCUCUCCCACAGUGGGAAGCAACAUGUCUGCCGCGAGUGCGGGAAGGGAUUCUAUACUAUGGGAGCGCUCAAGAUCCACAAGCGAGUCCACAACGGCGACCGUCCGUACAAGUGUGAGAUAUGUGGCCGCGACUUCCGACAGUGGAGCGACCUCAAGUACCACAAGGUCUCCAUACAUUCCGACCAGAAAUCGUUCAAAUGUGAGUUCUGCGGGAAAGAGUUUGCUCGCAAGUACUCACUGAACGUGCACCGGCGCAUCCACACGGGCGAGCGCAACUACCCCUGUCAGUACUGCAACAAGACCUUCAGCGCGUCCUCCUACAGGCUCUCGCACAUGCGCACCCACACCGGGGACCGCCCCCACCAGUGCAGCACCUGCGGCAAGGCCUUCCGCGUCCGCGGGGACCUGCGCCGCCAUCUCGCCACCCACGACCGGCGCCCGCCAGACAAGCCCCGCCCUGCCAAACGAGACGAACACGUCGAAGAAGACAUGAAACUUGAAGUCUCCAAAAACAUUACAAACAUUAAAAAAAUCGCCCUCGCCUCCACCGCCAAAUCCUCCACCGUUCUCAAGACCGCCGAGAAGAAACCGAAACCUAGUAAAAAGAACCAGAGCGCCAAGAAGGGCGCGCCCAACGUGACCAUAGACCAGCUCGACGACAGUUACACCAACACCGUCGAGGUCUGCGACACCCGGCAGCCCGUCCACAACGACAAGUACAAGGGGCAGUCGGCGGGCUACAAGCACGACGCCGGCUACAAGCACGACGCCGGCUACAAGCACGACGCCGGCUACAAGCCCGGGCCCGGGCUCAAGCAGGAACACCAGCAGGAGGGCUCGCUCGCCGUCCUGCGGCCCAUGUACAGGUACAGCGCGGAGCCCGCGGCCGAGGCGGCGCCCUACCGCGCCAACACGGACGGCAAGAUGCAGGUGUACACGCACGUGGACAAGGCCGCGCUGGCCGAGCGCCCCGACCUGCCCGGCGAGGCGGCCGAGAACGAGUUCAUCGAGCGCCUCACUGCGCUCUACAACAUCCCUGCUGUAUGACUCCCUGUGAUACUGCUAGGCCGCGCUGGCCGAGCGCCCCGACCUGCCCGGCGAGGCGGCCGAGAACGAGUUCAUCGAGCGCCUCACUGCGCUCUACAACAUCCCUGCUGUAUGACUCCCUGUGAUACUGCUAGGCCGCGCUGGCCGAGCGCCCCGACCUGCCCGGCGAGGCGGCCGAGAACGAGUUCAUCGAGCGCCUCACUGCGCUCUACAACAUCCCUGCUGUAUGACUCCCUGUGAUACUGCUAGGCCGCGCUGGCCGAGCGCCCCGACCUGCCCGGCGAGGCGGCCGAGAACGAGUUCAUCGAGCGCCUCACUGCGCUCUACAACAUCCCUGCUGUAUGACUCCCUGUGAUACUGCUAGGCCGCGCUGGCCGAGCGCCCCGACCUGCCCGGCGAGGCGGCCGAGAACGAGUUCAUCGAGCGCCUCACUGCGCUCUACAACAUCCCUGCUGUAUGACUCCCUGUGAUACUGCUAGGCCGCGCUGGCCGAGCGCCCCGACCUGCCCGGCGAGGCGGCCGAGAACGAGUUCAUCGAGCGCCUCACUGCGCUCUACAACAUCCCUGCUGUAUGACUCCCUGUGAUAC